UGGAAUGAACUAGAGCUAGAAAUCGAAAGUAACUUUCAUCGCCCUCGCUUCGCUUGCUUGGAGUGUUCACCUGAUUUUCCUCACGAUUCCAAAAACACAGUUGAUAUAGCCUAUCAGAAUUAUUACCUUAUCUUCAUUCUAGUGUUAGGUUAUUGUUCCUUCUUCGGACAGAUCACAUGGGUUUUCCUAAAGCAAAAGCGAAACUGUCUGUCAAGAGUCAAUAAGGUCAGGUUGGGACAUGGUCGAACAGCUGGCAGCUCAAAAAGAUCAGGACGUAUAGCAUACCUGCUGUCUCACUAAAUCAAACGCGAAGCAAAUGCAUUGGCAUCAAAAUAUUGGUGCAUGAAGAGACACACACAGUUAUGGCCGAAACAAUAUUAGAACUCGGUGGUCUACCAGACGAAUGCAGCAAAAUUGGACAAAGGUUGGAAUCAUACUUCAAAAUUAAAAGAAAAUCCGGAGGAAUAAUAACAGAGCUUCGCAAACAUCCUACAGAUGACAAAAAGGCUUUACUCGUCUAUCUGAAAGAGCAAGAUGCUAAAAAGGUCCUUGACAAAGGUGUGCACAAGAUUAACAUAAAAGAUAUUGGAGAAGUGGAGCUCACAGUGAAACCCUAUAAUGAUGAGGAGGACGUCUCCAUGCCAGUGGGAAAGAAGCCCCCUCCUGUUGCACCUCAUCCUACUAUGACUGAGGAUUGCACAGAUUCUCCAAAGCUGCCUUAUCAGAAGACACCCGAGGGCGAUGUGGAAGCGUGCCAUGAUGAUGAGCAACUACAGCCUGAAGGCCUCAAUAAGUCAAACAGUGAGGCCAAUGCAAUAACUGUGACCAGCACGGAUGCCAUAGAUGAGGAGAAACUGCGUUGGUAUUUCGAAAUAUUCUCGGAUCAUUUUCACAUUCAGAGGAAUGGAAUGACACAGUGGAUUGUUAAAUUUGACGACAAAUCAGAUGUUCAGAAGGUUCUGGCAAAGCAAGAGCAUGACCUGGGGAUCUCAGUGGAGGUGUACGAUGAGGAAGCUGUGCGGAGGAGACAGGACCCUCGCCGCUUUAUCCUAAGUGGAUUUGAUGAGAAGUGCCCACUAGAGAUGGUCCAGUUAUACAUCAACAACCGCUGUAAGGGACAGGAGCACACCUGGGAAAUCUUGGAUGAUGGCAAGAUACUGGUCACCUUCAAAGCUGGCAUAGAUGUACAAUCCUUCCUGACGAGGUGCGCCACCAAGAAAUAUCAGGAUGCGGAGAUCACAGCCAUGUGUGUGGAGCACACAGACUCAGUCCUCGUCCAAGGCGACAUGAGCGAAAUGUCAGAGGACGCGCUGCUCUUGUACUUCAGUAACAGGAAGAGGAGUGGAGAAGGUGACUACGAAGACCACAAAUGGCUUGAGGAGAAAAAAAGCCUUGUGAUCACUUUCGAAGAUUACCAUGUUGUCAGCAAGGUAAUGGAGAAACAGCACUGCGUCUGUAACCGAGAUCUGACAGUGUCACCGUUCUACUCUGGUCUCCAAAACCCACUAGUGGGAAUAGCCCCGUCCUCACUGGUCACCCCCUCCGACAUCACUCUACCCAUCACCAUUACAUAUAAUAAGGGAUUGCAAAAUUGCUAUCAAUUGUCAGCAAGGUAA